AUGGAAACUAAACCCCUGACCAAUGGAAAUAAUGGAGGCUACAAUGUGGCAGGAGAAAUAAACGUUUCAUUCAUUCUUUCUCCUUUUUCUCCACCGUUGGUAAUUGAAAGGAAGCUAGAGGUAGCCUCGUCUCUGGCAGCAGCCGCAGCCUCAUCUCUGGCAGCAGCCGCAGCCUCGUCUCUGGCAGCAGCCGCAGCCUCGUCUCUGGCAGCAGCCGCAGCCUCGUCUCUGGCAGCAGCCGCAGCCUCGUCUCUGGCAGCAGCCGCAGCCUCGUCUCUGGCAGCAGCCGCAGCCUCGUCUCUGGCAGCAGCCGCAGCCUCGUCUCUGGCAGCAGCCGCAGCCUCGUCUCUGGCAGCAGCCGCAGCCUCGUCUCUGGCAGCAGCCGCAGCCUCGUCUCUGGCAGCAGCCGCAGCCUCGUCUCUGGCAGCAGCCGCAGCCUCGUCUCUGGCAGCAGCCGCAGCCCCGUCUCUGGCAGCAGCCGCAGCCUCGUCCCUGGCAGCAGCCGCAGCCUCGUCCCUGGCAGCAGCCGCAGCCUCGUCCCUGGCAGCAGCCCUGAGGUCACGGAGGGGCAUGAGAGCCUUGUGCGAGGCCAGUGCCGUUGCUUGCCGGACCCAGUGCUGGUGA